UUUUGCAGAUCAAGUACAGUAGCCAACGGUAUGCUGAGUCAAAACAAACUACAAAUUUUAGGUAAAAUCGCCACAUACACUAGGAUACAACGAUGCAUAAGUUUAUACAGGAUUUUGAAUCGAUCUCACUAUGAUGCUCUUGGUAUAACUCCCAAUGCAACACAAAAUGAUAUAAAACAAGCAUAUUACAGUCUGUCAAAGCAGUAUCACCCAGAUCGAAAUGAAGGCAGUGAGGUAGCGGCGAAUAAGUUCCGUGCAAUUACAGAAGCUUACGAAGUUCUGGGCAAUUACCGGUUGAGGAGAUUGUACGACAAAGGUAUAUUGCAUACAGCUGGUAAACAAUAUGCCCAAUCGGAUCCAUCAAUUACCAAAGAGCCUGAAGAGGACGAUGCUCAAACUAGAUUCUAUAAAAAACGCAUGCAAAGAACUCACGUCCCAUCGGCUUCAGGUCGUACCCCAAUUUAUAACUUUGAUGAAUGGGCUCGCCAUCAUUAUGCGAAAAAUUUUGAACGAAAAAAAGCCGCUGAAGAAAAAUUUAAAGCAAGAUCGGAACGAGACGCUAUCGUCGAUGCACACGUUGUGCACGGAUAUGUUGUUUGGGGUGUCGUUGGGCUAAUUGCUGUAUAUGUGAUAAUCUUCUUGCAGGAACGAUCCCACGAUAUUCCGAGAACUACUGCAAAGCAAGAAAAAAAUGUUUCUGAAAACUAGAGAAAGCAAACUAACUGCAAAAUGAGACGGUUCAGUUUCGUGGAACGUUGCCGUAAUAAGUACUAUUGUUACAUACUGAGAAAAACUAUAACAAAGUUGUAAAUAGUUAGCGCUUAAAUCAAGAUGUGAAUAUCCUAGGAAAUUGUAGAUUAAAUAAUAAAAUACCCUUCGAAGUUUCACAAGUACCAUUUUGUAGGUAUUCAAACUAA